UUAAACAUCGUCUACCUUCCUAGAAACUUCAGUAUGACAAAAAGAAAAAGGUUGUUUUUAUAAAUUAAAAUAUCAUAUCAUACAAUAUAGCAAAGGGAUAAUCUCCAUUCACCAAGCCUCUGCGGUUACUUCCUCACUCUUUUAGUUGGAUUGUCAAAUUCUCUCAGGUAACUCUGCCCCAAAACCCAUUCCUCAUCCUUUCUUUGUUUUCCCCUCUCAUUCAUUCAUUCAUUCAUUCGUUCUUCUUCGUUACAAUCUAUUCUCUAAUGUAUAUUAUCCAAAAAGACUAUUAUUACUUUGGUCUAGGAUCACUCUUGUCUUGUUUAGAUUCCUGAACUUCCCUCCUUGUUCUUAAUAAUAUUUGUUAUCACUUUGUUCAACACAUCAUUUACUUCAAUUACUUGAUCUGUUCCUGUUCUCUGUAACUGUGUUUGGAGUGGUAAAACAUUCAGCCUAGUCAAAGAUUCUUGUCUCUGCUGUGUAGCUUUAUUUAAUAGCUAAGCCCUCAGAAACUAUAUCUCUGUAGAAAGUAAAGUUUUUUUGUUUGUUCGAAUUUUAUUCUUUGCGGCACCAACAUGCUCUCCACGGAUUCCCUUUUGGAAAAUUUCCCUUUUGUAAACGGUCCUAUCUCGGUGUUUUCGAAUCAGAAUCCGGAAAGUGGGUUCAAGGUGGAUGAUUCAUGUUCCCCUUCAGAAUCUGUCACUGAUUCUGGUCCUUCUUCUGGGACAAGCUCGAAUGGAGAACAUGCAGAGAGUACUAAGCACUCCAAUCCCAUUCUCAGAUACAUUAGUGACAUCCUCAUGGAUGAAGAAGUUGAUUUGGAGCGAAAACCCUGCAUGUUGCAGGAUUGUUUGAGACUUCAGGCUGCUGAAAAAUCAUUCUAUGAUGCAUUGGUUCGUAGUUACCCUUCAUCAACUGGUCAAUUUAAUGAUAAUCCUGACCCAGAUGAUAAUUUUGGUGGAACUACUAGUUCUGAGAGUUUUAGCAGUUAUACCACUGAUAAUUCAUGCGAGUCUGAUUGGUUUAACGGUGCUAGUGACUUGGAUUCCUCUUUCCUACAAAGAUCUCUAAUUGAUUCUCUGGAACACACAUAUGUAGCUCCUGAUCUGUUUAGAGAGACACAAGCUGGGGUCCAUUUUUCAAAUGGAGCCUGGAAUUUGAUUCACUUGCAGAACAAGCCACGUGCUAUUGAGGAUGGUGUGAUGCGGGGUUCUGUAACAGCCACAGGAUUGAGGGAGAAGAGGAGCUAUCAAAUGAAUGAUAUCUCACAUGAAGAAGAGGAGAAAAGCAACAAGCUUUCAGCUGUCUACUUGGAUGAUUCGGAGCCAUCUAGCAUGUUUGAUGAUGUGCUGCUGUGUAAGGAUGGUAAGAGUCCAUCUAUUUUUUAUGCUGGCCGUGAACCGUCACCAUCGCAGAUUGCUGACUCAGGAGGAUCUAAUGGGAAGAAAACACGAUCGAAGAAAGGUUCCAACAAGAGGACAAGUGCAAGCGCAACGGUGGAUUUAUGGACUUUGCUAACUCAAUGUGCACAGGCUGUGGCUAGCUUUGACCAAAGGACUGCAAAUGAAACACUCAAGCAGAUUAGGCAGCACUCUUCACCUUAUGGCGAUGGACUUCAGCGUUUGGCUCAUUACUUUGCCGAUGGCCUUGAGAAACGGUUAGCUGCUGGGACACCAAAGUUCAUUUCCUUUCAAUCAGCAUCUGCCGCAGAUAUGUUGAAAGCCUACAGAGUGUAUAUCUCAGCAUCACCAUUUCUCAGGAUGUCAAAUUUCUUGGCUAACAGCACUAUUCUGAAGCUAGCACAAAAUGAAAGCAGUAUUCACAUUAUUGACUUUGGGAUUAGCUAUGGUUUCCAGUGGCCUUGCCUCAUCCAACGGCUUUCAGAGAGGCCGGGCGGGCCUCCAAAGCUUCGUAUGAUGGGAAUUGAUCUUCCCCAGCCGGGAUUUAGGCCGGCGGAAAGGGUUGAGGAGACAGGGCGGUGGCUGGAGAAGUACUGCAAGAGGUUUGGAGUCCCAUUUGAGUACAAUUGCCUUGCACAAAAAUGGGAAACUAUAAGACUUGAAGACCUCAAAAUUGAUAGGAGUGAAGUAACUGUGGUUAACUGUUUGUACAGAUUGAAGAACCUAUCCGAUGAAACCGUGACUGCCAACUGUCCAAGAGAUGCUUUGCUGAGGUUGAUCAGGAGGAUCAAUCCAAACAUCUUCAUGCACGGGAUCGUCAACGGCACUUACAAUGCACCGUUUUUCGUGACAAGGUUCAGGGAAGCACUCUUCCACUUCUCAUCAUUGUUUGACAUGUUUGAAGCCAAUGUGCCUCGUGAAGAUCCAUCUAGGCUUAUGAUUGAGAAAGGGUUGUUUGGAAGGGAUGCAAUCAAUGUGAUAGCAUGUGAGGGGGCAGAGAGGGUUGAAAGGCCAGAAACCUACAAGCAGUGGCAAGUCAGGAACCAGAGAGCAGGGUUCAAGCAACUUCCAUUGGCCCAAGAGCAUGUGAAUAGAGUGAAGGAAAUGGUGAAGAAGGAAUACCAUAAAGAUUUUGUAGUUGGUGAGGAUGGCAAGUGGGUUUUGCAAGGAUGGAAAGGGCGAAUUCUUUUUGCUGUUUCUUCUUGGACUCCUGCUUGAGGAAUGACCAAACUCCUAACGCACUCAUUGCUAAGGAAAAUUGUUUUAGGUAUAACGUGCACGAUUAAGGGUAUUUUUAUCCUUGAAUAGAAGUGAAUCAUGAUCAUAUUAUUGUUUCUAUUUGAGUACUAUAAAUACACUCUUAUACGUGCACUUUAUGAACAAGCGUAGAAGACAGACUCCCCUGAAAUCACUGAUUCGAGAAGGAUAUCUAAUAUCUACAUUAAUGUACUAGUUAGUUUUCUAGUGAUUUGCCUAGAAGCAACAUAGGAUGAAGUUGGUAGUUAUUAUAAAUCUUCAUUGCUUACUAUUGUAAACUUUAUUUUCUCUUCUUUUUUUUUACAAGUGGUGAAUCAUUCCCCAACAGUUUGUCCCAUUCAAAACGGUUUUGCUAGAAUUUGGAGCGAAUCCUCGAAUUUGUUUGAGAA